AUUAAUUGUUUGAGAGAAAUAAGGAGAACGCUAAGGAGUUGGUUGGUCACCAUUUCAAAUCCAUGCAUUAAUCUUAGUCCCGCAAACAAAGUUGAUCCAAGAAAUCUCUGAUCUGAAGGUGAUAAUCCCACACCACAGAUAGCUCCUAAGCAGAAAAAAUGGUGUAAAAGAAAAAUGGAUAUUAGUUUUUGACUCUUCUCUUACAAUGCUUCUAACUCCAUUUCUUUAGCUUUUAGCUUUUACCAUCUUCUUUUCUCAACUUAUUACACUUAUUUCCUUGCCAUUUUUGAGCAAUGGAUGCAGCAUUUGCAAGGCAAGCAAUUUGCAGGGAAGAUCCAUUUAACCCAUUAGUUACAACAGGCAUGCAAGGAGCUGCCAUGCUUGUAAUCUCUCACAUAUUUCAUCUUAUCUUGACACCUUCAGGACAACCAGGACCUAUUGCAAAUAUUAUUGCUGGAUUGGUGCUAGGUCCUUCAUUGUUGUGUCGUAUCGAUCAACUUAAAGAAUUCUUCAUCCAGAGCUCAUCUGUAGAAUACUAUAAAGUUCUGACAUUCAAUAUUCGAGUCUUUUUUAUGUUCUUGAUUGGUUUGAACACAGAUGUUGGUUGUUUUAGGCGAAACCUGCGUUCUGCUAGCAUAAUUGCUUAUGGGGGUUUAAUAGUAUGCACAGUUUUUGGAGCAGCUUCUGCUUUGAUUGUCCUCCAUUUAUUAAAGAUUAGUUUCAGCAGAUGGUCUUUGGUUAUUAUUGUUCCAUUAAUCCUAGCAAACUCAGCCUCCCCUGUUGUUAUCCAAUUAGCAGCAGAAUUGAAAAUUGAUACAUUAGAUGUAGGAAGAUUAGGAAUAGCUUCUGCAAUAGUAAAUGAAAUGUCUUGUAUAUUGUUAUAUUCUACGUACAUUUCUGUCCAAUCUUGGAAAAUGUUUGGAUAUGGGAUUCUUUGUCUACUCUCAAUUGUAGCACUUGUUAUUUUGAAUAGGUAUUUAGCUUCUUGGUUUAACAGAAGGAACCAAAACCAAAAAUAUGUGUCGAAUACAGAAGUUCUUGUUGUUUUUGUCCUUGUCAUAGGGGUUGCAAUUCUGAUAGAAGCAAAUGGUUAUUUAAGUGCACUUGCUUGUUUUCUACUUGGAUUAAUGUUCCCUAGAGAAGGAAAAACUUCGCGGACAUUGUUGCGUAAACUCACCUAUUCUGUGAACAAUUUCAUGCUUCCAAUUUACUUCGGAUACGUAGGAUUUCAAUUCGAUGUUUAUCAGUUUUCGACUCGGGAGAAUAUCUCUUUGAUCACCCUUAUGAUCGUUUUAAGUACUGGAGGAAAACUUGUUGGAACUCUUGCUGCUUCUCAUUACUUGAAUCUUCCAAAGAAUGAAGGUGUCAUUCUUGCUUUCAUACUCAACUUGAAAGGCCAUUCUGAACUUCUAAUUCUUGAAAUUGUUCCAAAGUUCAUUGCUUUUUGGAACCGAAAACUUCAUAGUUUGGUGAUAAUUGUAGUGGUACUAGACACAUUAAUUGCAGGAUUAGUAGUAGUUUUUAUGUUGAAAACGAAAGAACAUUACUUUGCUCAUAGAGACACCUUACUUGAAUCAUAUGACACAGACAAAGAGCUGAGAAUGCUUGCUUGUGUGUAUGGCUCUCGACAUAUAUCAAGCACAGUGGGUCUAAUUUCAGCAAUGAGCGGCUCGCAGAGUGCACCGACCACUCCUUAUUUGAUGCAUUUAGUUGAGCUGCCUAGAAAACACAGGAAAACAAAACUAAUGUAUCAUCAACUGCAAGAUGGGGAUCAAUUUAGCGACGAAGAAGAAUAUGGUGGAAAUGAUGUUCUAGAAAUAAAUGAUGUUGUCGAUGCAUUUACAGUUGAUACUAAAAUUCUGAUAAACCAAAAUAAAGUGGUUGCAUCAUUUGAAAAAAUGUACGAAGAUGUAUGCAUAGCAGCAGUAGAUUUUCGAGCAUCGAUUAUAUUUAUCCAUUUACACAAGCGUCAAAGAAUUGAUGAGAAAUUGGAAAAUGGGAAGGAAGAUAUUAGGAUUAGCAAUCAGAAAAUUCUUCGCCAUGCACCAUGUACGGUGGGGAUUUUAGUAGAUAGAGGACAAACUGGAUUUAAAAAGCCUGGAUCGGAACUAGUGCAGCAAGUAGCUACAUUGUUUUUUGGAGGUCCUGAUGAUAGAGAGGCAUUGGCUUGUAGUAAAAGAAUUGCUAUGCAUCCUUAUAUUAAAUUGACUGUUAUUCGGUUCUUGCCAACUGCUUCGAAAGAACAGCUUCCUAAGCUGAGUAACGAUGCUGCUAGUGAAAAUAAUGAAGUUUUAUUGGCAAUAUCAGAUCCUGAAGUUGAGACUGAGUUGGAUGAUGCUGCUCUCGAGGAGUUCCAAAAUAGGUACGUGAAAUGUGGUCGAGCUUCUUACGCAGAGAAGUAUGUGGACAAUGGAGGACAAACAUCAGCAGCUUUAAGAGAGGUGGGAAUUGCAUAUUGUUUAAUAUUAGUAGGGAAAGGAAGGAGAGAGAAUAUACCAAUGUUGAUUGGUUUACGGUUAUGGGAAGAGUGUCCAGAGCUUGGAAGAGUUGGGGACUUGUUAGCUUCUUCAGAAUUGGACAUAACCAGUUCAGUUUUAGUGAUUCAACAACACAGCCACCAUGUGGACAAAGAACUUGGUAGUGACUAGCUGUAGGAAAUUUACAUAUGCAUGUAUAGGUUCUAGUUAACUAGUCAUUGGAAAUAUUGUAAUUGCCAAAUAUGUAUUAGUUUGGUGGAAAUGAAUUUGCUUCAGAUUAAAAAAAGAAAGGUUAUUUAUUACCAUUUAACA